GAUGUUUAAAAAACCUUUUAAACAAAACUUGCCCAAAUAUUUCUCGCGUAUCUUGUCAUUUACUCCACCAGCGCAAAAAAAUAAAUCAAAAGGAACUCCAACUUUUUUACUCCCUAUUAAUUUUUUGUUUAAAUCUUUCACUUUAGAGUCUGGAAUAAUAUUUUCAUCUAACAACUCUACUAUAUUUUCUGGCAAUUCAAUUUCUUUAUUUUUGUAAUAAUUCGAGAUUAGUUGUUUUUCUUUUUUGCCUAAAACAGCCAAAGUGCCCAAAAAGAAACGCAAUUGCAACAUCCAUUUGCGGUCAAAAAAUACUAGUUGAUUUCGAAUAUAAUGCUCGGAACGAUCAUUUACAAG